AUGGCUAACCCCAUCAUCCGCUUCCUGUCGCUCUUCUUCAAGAGCAAGGAUGUGAUGAUCUUCAAUGGGAUGGUGGCCCUGGGCACCGUGGGCAGCCAGGAGCUCUUCUCCGUGGUGGCCUUCCACUGCCCGUGUGCACCCGCCCGGAACUACCUGUACGGGCUGACGGCCAUCGGGGUGCCUGCCUUGGUGCUCUUCCUCAUCAGCGUCAUCCUCAACAACCAAACCCGGGACCUCGUGACCGAGUGCCAGUACCGCAGGGCCAAGAACUGCUCGGCCGCCCCCACCUUCCUGCUCCUGAGCUCCAUCGUGGGCCGAGCUGCCUUGGCCCCCGUCACCUGGUCGGUCAUCUCCCUGCUGCGCGGGGAGGCCUACGUCUGCGCACUCAGCGAGUUUGUGGACCCGUCCUCGCUCACGGCUGGGAACGAGAGCUUCCCUCUCUCCCAUGCCAAGCAGAUCCUGGCCAGGUUCCCUUGUGGGGAGAGCCCUGCCAAUCUGUCGGGCUUCCAGGAGGAGGUGAGCCGCAGGCUCAGGUAUGAGUCUCAGCUCUUCGGGUGGCUGCUCAUCGGCUCGGUGGCCAUCCUGGUGUUCCUGACCAAGUGCCUCAAGCACUACUGCUCGCCGCUCAGCUACCGCCAGGAGGCCUACUGGGCCCGCUACCGCGCCAACGAGGACCAGCUCUUCCAGCACACGGCCGAGGCGCACUCACGCGUGCUGGUGGCCAGCAACGUGCAGCGCUUCUUCGGCUUCGUGGCGCUCAACAAGGAGGACGAGGAGCUGGUGGCCAAGUUCCCCGUCCAGGGCACACAGCCGCGGCCACAGUGGAACGCCAUCACCGGCGUCUACCUGUACCGGGAGAACCUGGGCCUCCCCCUCUACAGCCGCCUGCACAAGUGGGCCCAGGGUCUGAGUGGGAAAGGUGCGGCCCCCGACAUGGAGGUGGCCCUGCUGGCCCCCUGAGGCCCCACCACCCCCUGCACUGCGUCUGGGGGUAAAGUGAGGCGAGAGGCCCAGGGUGUGGCCUCCUCCACCACCAGGAAGUCCCUGGUCACUCCCAGAGUGAGUGUCCCGAAAGCUUGGACCUGGCACCAGGGAAUGGAAUGUUUUAUUCCUGAAGCCCCGGGUUGCUG